AUGCAUCCAGGCAAGUCGGCCUACAGCCAACAGCCAUCACUCAUCCAUCACCCCCACGAUCAGAUCGAAACCCUAGCCGAGACGGACACGAGACUCGAAGAACACAACGGCUUCUGUCCCAAGACUCUGAGACUCUCAAGAAGCUUCCCAUCCAACGGAGAUAACCAUCGCUCCUCGAGAUCACUCUCCGUACACAGAUGGAAGGAGGGCUUGGCUAGGGCCAGCCAUUCUAAUCUCCUCGCCACUCCCGAGCACCAACCUGGUAACCACACUCUUGAACCCAGACCAUCAGACCAACAACUCCUUCCUCAAAUUCCUCCCAGACCUUCCUCUCAGCGUCUUCGAACUAGAAGUCUCGAUCGCAAACCUAAAUCUAUCCUCGACUACUUGCAUCCCUCCACUCAUCACCAAAACUCACACCCACCCACUAAUUCUUGUAGGAGAAGGCCCUCUUUAAUCGACAGCAGUUCCACCGAUUCAUCCAGUUUAUCUUCCUCGCCUCCCAAUGAAUCAACUCAACGUCAUCAGGCCGGAUUCCACUCCCACAUACCGAUCGAGCGGACCGUUCUGAGUGUACUUCCCACGAACAUGAGAAGACCCUCGAUUGACUGGACCGGUGGACCGACUGGUGCGAGCUCGGCAGCGAACGAUUCGUGGCAAAGCCACCCAUCAAUGACCUCUUCGGGGAGUCCCCAGUCGACCCUGGCGACCUCGGUCGACUCGAGUGGAACACCCCCACGACCACGAUACCAGCCCAGACCACUGCUCUUGUCGGCCUUCGGCAACAACAGAGCCUUCUCGGGGGACGUCCGUCGUGGAGCAAGAAAGCCUCACCAACCGCAGACUUGCCGAGGCCCGAUUAGAGAAAGUGCAACAGGUACGCCAGGAACGAUUACAUGCAAGAGAGGCCAAGAAGCUGCGGAAGCGGGCCAGGGAGGCCGAGCUUGA